CUUCUUCUGCUGGUCACCAUGAUUUCGUUGUCUGAUGUGUAUCAUGUUGUGGCAGCCACAGUCCCUCUGUACGUAGCCAUGAUGUUAGCUUACAUCUCUGUAAAAUGGUGGAAGUUCUUCACAGCGGAGCAAUGUUCUGGAAUAAACAAGUUUGUGGCAAAAUUCUCAAUCCCACUGUUAUCAUUUCAAGUCAUUUCAGACAACAACCUCUACAAAAUGAACCUGCAACUGAUAUUGGCCGAUUUCCUUCAGAAAAUAUUGGCUAUUGUUUUGCUGGGAGCUAUCACUAAAAUCACCUCUAGGGGAGGCUUGCAUUGGAUUAUCACUGGUCUCUCUCUGUCAACCAUGCCAAAUACUCUAAUUCUUGGACUCCCAGUAUUGAAGGCCAUGUACGGCACUGAAGCAGAUGUGCUUCUUGCCCAGAUUGUUGUGUUACAGAGCAUUCUUUGGUACAACAUAUUACUGUUUCUCUUUGAGUUCACUACCACCAAAGCAGCUUCUUUAGCUCCAGCAUCAGAAGCCACAGAAAUUGAUAUAACUCAAGAAGAGCGAGCCAAAGAAGAAAUUGAGGAGGCAAGAGACAGAAGCAGGAGGAGUCUCAAAACUAGGACCAUUCUCUUAACAGUUGCUAGAAAGCUCAUCAGCAACCCCAAUACUCAUGCAACUAUAUUGGGACUCAUUUGGGCAAGCAUACGAUUCAGGUGGGGAGUAAAACUGCCAGAAGUUAUUGACAGAUCAAUAACAAUUCUAUCAACUGGAGGACUUGGUAUGGCUAUGUUCAGCUUAGGACUUUUCAUGGGUUCGCGGAGUAGCAUUAUAGCAUGUGGUACAAAGAUGACAUUGGUGGCCAUGGGAAUGAAAUUCUUGAUCGGGCCUGCACUUAUGGCAGCAUGCUCAUUUCCUCUAGGACUUAGGGGCAGAUUGCUCAAAGUGGCAAUUGUGCAGGCAGCACUUCCUCAAGGAAUUGUUCCAUUUGUCUUUGCCAAGGAGUAUAAUAUACAUCCAGAUGUUUUAAGCACAGGGGUACUCUUGGGCUUGCUCAUUGCACUGCCGGUAGCUCUGGUCUAUUACUACUUGAUGUCAUUGUAACGCAUCAAUGCAAACAUGCCACCACAAGAUACAUGGUUCCGAUAUUUAGGACAUUGACGCUAAACACCAGGAAAGAACCCUUGCAGAGAUGAAGUUUUUGAGUUGAAUUUUUUUUGCCAUUUUUUUCCAAAAUGGUAUACUGCUGAUGAUUUUAGGAAAACAUGUAAAUGUGUGUGCUAAAGAUAUCAACGAAGGAUGGUCAUAUGCAAUAAACAAAAUAGAAGGGAAAUUGCAAUAUGUUAAAUUGGAAGCAUAGUGAACAGACCUUCGUCGCUAGUAAUCUAUCACCCAGAACUAUCUGCA